GGGCAGGAGCAUCACGCGCAAGGCUCGGCCCCCAAACCUCUUUGGCACCCCCCCUCUUUAUUUUUAUUUUUUUGCACGGAUGAUCCAGAGGCGCUGGAUGAAACCUGAAGAAACGUGCACCUGGGAGGCUCAGGCACUGUUUUGGGAAGGGGGGUGGGGUGGGACAGCUCAGUCGCUAGAGCAGGAGAGUCUUGGGUUCGAGUCCCGCGCUGGGCAAAAGAUUCUUGCAUUGGGCAGGGUUGGGCUGGAUGACCCCGGGGGAUCCCUUCCAACUCUACGAUUCUUCCUGCGCCUAACCUUCUAAGGGUUAAAGUGAACGGAGCAGGAUGCCUAGACGGGAAGGCAGUGGGAGGAGGAGGAUGGGGGUGUUUGUGGAGGGGGCCUCCUCCCCUCUGCUUUCCUGCCCGGUUCAUCUGUCUCUUGCAAGAGCUGCGUGGGUGGUCCCUUCUGGGAUCUGGUGAGCGGGGGCGGGGCGGGGCGGGGGGGCAUGCACAUUGUUUGUGCAUUUGGGUGAAGGGGAGCCCCAGGGCUGUGGGGGAGGGUGCAUGGUCGGGGGAGGGGUCAGGCAGGAAAAUGACAGCUGGGGUGGGGUGGGGGGCUGGAAACCCCCCUGGGGGGAUACACAGGUUCCUACUCUAGCCCAAUGGUUGCCAUUAAUUUGAUUUGGAAUUGAUUUUAGAAUGAAUUGAUUUUAGAAUGUAUUUCAAUUAACUGAUUGUGAUUUUAUGUAAACUGUGUUAUUUUUACAGUCCUUAGCCGCUCUGAGCCCGGCUUUGGCUGGGGUGGCAGUAUAUAAAUAAUAAAAAAAUAUUAUUAUUAUUACGCCACCCAGUGAAUGCAAUGCAAAGAAAGGGGAGGUGGAUUGUUAACCUAUUGGGAGUUCGUGGGGCCCCAGAGCAGCAGGAGAGACCCCCAUCCCAUUUAUCAUUUCACCCCUUCCUUCCUUCCUUCCUUUCCUCCUUUCUACAGAUUUAUUUGAUUUUCCAUGUUAAAAUUUACACUCACACCACAGCAUAUUCUAUAAAAAAAUAAGAUUCCCAAGAAUCUUCUGAACUUCCCUCCUCUCUCUCUCUCUUUCCUUCUUUCGUGUGCGGGUGGAGGGAAUUUGGAGCAGAUAGGCAGCGCCGUGGGAAUGAAUUAGUGGUGCUGCUUCCUGCGCUCCCUCCCCUGAAUCGGCGUUAAACAUGGUCCCAGCGACACGCGGCUCGCUUGUGCGCACUUUCAGAUGUGCAACCCCUGACGCGUGGAAGGCGGGGUGGGGGUGGGGAGAGACCUUUUGCCGCUGAACGCAAAGAGCGACUGGAAGCUGGAACCCCCCAUUGAUUAAAGACAAGGGGCACCAACUGAAAUAAUAAUAAUAAUAAUAUAGUAUUUAUACCCCGCCCACCUAGCUGGGUUUCCCCAGCCACUCUGGGCGGCUUCCAACACAAUAUUAAAAUUUUGUUGUUGUUGUUUAGUCGUUUAGUCGUGUCCGACUCUUCGUGACUCCAUGGACCAGAGCAUGCCAGGCAUUCCUGUCUUCCACUGCCUCCCGCAGUUUGGUCAGACUCAUGUUUGUAGCUUCGAGAACACUGUCCAGCCAUCUCAUCCUCUGUCGUCCCCUUCUCCUUGUGCCCUCCAUCUUUCCCAACAUCAGGGUCUUUUCCAGGGAGUCUUCUCUUCUCAUGAGGUGGCCAAAGUCUUGGAGCCUCAGCUUCACGAUCUGUCCUUCCAGUGAACACUCAGGGCUGAUUUCCUUAAGAAUGGAGAGGUUUGAUCUUCUUGCAGUCCAUGGGACUCUCAAGAGUCUCCUCCAGCACCAUAAUUCAAAAGCAUCAAUUCUUCGGCGAUCAGCCUUCUUUAUGGUCCAGCUCUCACUUCCAUACAUCACUACUGGGAAGACCAUGGCUUUUACUAUACGGACCUUUGUUGGCAAGGUGAUGUCUCUACUUUUUAAUAUGCUGUCUAGGUUUGUCAUUGCUUUCCUCCCAAGAAGCAGGCGUCUUUUAAUUUCGUGGCUGCUGUCACCAUCUGCCGUUAUCAUGGAGCCCAAGAAAGUAAAAUCUCUCACUGCCUCCAUUUCUUCUCCUUCUAUUUGCCAGGAGGUGAUGGGCCCAGUGGCCAUGAUCUUUGUUUUUUUGAUGUUGAGCUUCAGACCGUAUUUUGCGCUCUCCUCUUUCACCCUCAUUAAAAAGGUCCUUUAAUUCCUCCUCACUUUCUGCCAUCAAGGUUGUGUCAUCUGCGUAUCUGAGGUUGUUGAUAUUUCUUCCGGCGAUCUUAAUUCCAGCUUGGGAUUCAUCCAGCCCAGCCUUUCACAUGAUGAAUUCUGCAUAUAAGUUAAAUAAGCAGGGGGACAAUAUACAGCCUUGUCGUACUCCUUUUCCAAUUUUGAACCAAUCAGGUGUUCCAUAUCCAGUUCUACCUGUAGCUUCUUGUCCCAUGUAGAGAUUUCUCAGGAGACAGAUGAGGUGAUCAGGCACUCCCAUUUCUUUAAGAACUUGCCAUAGUUUGCUGUGGUCGACAUAGUCAAAGGCUUUUGCAUAGUCAAUGAAGCAGAAGUAGAUGUCUUUCUGGAACUCUCUAGCUUUCUCAGCGCAUGUUUGCAAUUUGGUCUCUGGUUCCUCUGCCUCUUCUAAAUCCAGCUUGCACUUCUGGGAGUUCUCGGUCCACAUACUGCUUGAGCCUUCCUUGCAGAAUUUUAAGCAUAACCUUGCUAGCGUGUGAAAUGAGUGCAAUUGUGCGGUAGUUGGAGCAUUCUUUAGCAUAUUAAAAUACAGUAGUCUAUUAAACAUUUAAAGCUUCCCUAAACAGGGCUACCUUCAGAUGACUUCUAGAAGUCUGAUAGUUGUUUUUCUCUUUGACAUAUGGUGGAGGGCGUUCCAUAGGGCGGGUGCCACUACCGAGAAGGCCCUCUGCCUGGUUCCCUGUAACUUUGCUUCUCUCAGGGAGGGAACCGCCAGAAGGCCCUCGGCUCUAGACCUCAGUGUCCAGGCAGAACGAUGGGGGUGGAGACACUCCUUCAGGUAUACUGGGCUGAGGCCGUUUAGGUCAGCACCAACACUUUGAAUUGAACACACUUGUGUUGCUAUGGCUAUAGUUUAUAGACCAUGAGAUAGCUCAGUCGGCAGAGCAUCAAAUUUUAGAAUCCUAGAGUUGGAAGGGAACCCAGGGGUCAUCUAGUCCAACCCCCCACACACACAAUGCAGGAAGAGGCAGCUGUCUCUUGAGAUUCUUAAUCUCAGGGUCGUGGGUUCGAGCCCCACAUUUGGCAAAAAGAUUCCUGCAUUGCAGGGCGUUGGAUUAGAGGACCCUACAGUUCUGUGGUUACAGAGUGAGGGUUAAAGGCCUUGGCUAUGGACUUGGUGGAAGGCUGAGGGGAGGGGGAAGAGCUGUCAAGGUUGCUGCAUCCUCUCAAAAAGAUGGGAGGCUUCCAAUAAAAUCAAUCAAUCAAUCAAUCAAUCAAUCAAUCCAUGGCCUUCACGUGGAGGAAUCUCCCUCCAUUAUUUGUUGUGGGACUUGACAUACAAUUCACCUGCUUCUCCUUCCUUGGGAAGAGCUGUUUGAAAGCCAAACUCACGCUGGUUUCCUGCUGGAAAAUCUUCCAGCCCUGACAAUGCAAUAAUUCUGGUCUUGUAGUAAGGUUAAAGCUUAUUGGGAAAUGAUACGUAAUGAAUUGAAACGGAUGUUCAAAAUAACUUAUUUUUUUCAAAAAACCCAGCAGCUUUUCUUUUGGGAAUUAUAGGGACAGAACUACAUAAAUUGUAUAGAAAUUUAUUUAUGUACACGACUACAGCAGCAAAAAUGUUACUUGCCCCAAAAUGGAAAGAAGCAGAAGUUCCAGAAAAGGAAGAGUGGAUAUAAAAACUUAUGGAGUAUGCAGAAAUGGUGAAACUUACCAGAAGAAUAAGAAAUCAAGAUAAUAAACUUCUUAUAAAAGAUUGGAAAUGGUUCAUUGAAUAUUUACAGAUCAAUUGUAAACAGAUAAAAACAUUAGCAGGAUUAAUGUAACAACCUGCAGUUUUAUAAGAGUAUAUAUUUACAGAAGAUAAAUAAAUGCACAAGUAAAAUGAACUUGAAGAUGCAGAAGACAUUAAAAAAAAUAAGGGACCGCAGAAAGAGGGGAAGGAAGUCACAACCUGGAAAUGUUAAAUAGAUUGUAAAACUAAUAAAAUGUAUAUAUUUGAAAAAAUAUAAAUAAACAUAUAAGACAAUGCAAUAAUUUUCUAAAAAGACAAUGUGCUGGCUUUGCAGGAAUUGGUGUAACACCUCUGGUCAGCACAGUUUUUGAAGAAGAAGGAAGAUUCGGAAUCUUCUUUGGAGCCCAGAUCAGUGAUGGACAAGCAAGACUUAGCUGGGCCUACAAGAAGAAGAGUGUCUGAUGACUUCAACAUUGGGAACAGUGGAGAAUUUUUGGAAAGAACCACGCAGGAGAUCCUGGGCGAGGAGGAUGCCCUCAGCUCAGAUGUUCAGCGCCAGAAGUUCAGGCAUUUCUGCUACCAGGAGGCUGAGGGACCCCGAGAGGUUUGCAGCCGGCUCCACCGCCUUUGCCGUGAGUGGCUGAAGCCAGAGCGACACACGAAAAAUCAGAUCCUGGACCUGGUGAUCCUGGAGCAGCUCCUGGCUGUCCUCCCCCCGGAGAUGGAGAACUGGGUCAGGGAAUGUGGAGCGGAGACCAGCUAUCAGGCAGUGGCCCUGGCUGAAGGUUUCCUUCUGAGCCGGGCAGAGGACCAGAAGCAGGAAGAGCAGCAGGUGAGAGCUUUAUAUCCUAAUUUUUAGGGGGCAGGAGUGUGAGGGAGGGUACCCCAUAAUUGCUUUUUUUUCCUUUGGUGAGAGUUGUUUUGGGGCUUUUCUUGGAUUUUUAAAGUAUUUUUUAAUACAGUGGAACCUUGGUCUUCGAACUUCUCUGUGGUCAAAUGUUUCAGUUCCCGAACCUCAAAAACCUGGAAGUAAUUGCUCCGGUUUUCAAAUGUUUUUCGGAAGGUGAAACGGCUUCCGUUUUGAGUUUCGUUAAUGUAUUGAGGCUUCCGCUUUUCGGUUUUCGAACGUUUCAGAAGUUGAACAGUCUUCUGGAACGGAUUACGUUCGGAAACCAAGAUUCCACUGUAUAAAAAAUCGCCGUGCUUGCCAUACCCGUUCGGGUUUCCCUGGACAUUUUGCCAGUUUCGCAAAAAUCCGCCCGGACGUCAUUUUGCAGCCCAAUUCCAGGAUAUAUCCGGGAAAACCAGGAUGUAUGGCAGGCCUGUAGUACCCUGCUAUUUGGGUUGUUAAUAAUGUCAAUAAGAAGAAGAAUAAUUCAUGUACGGAAACCCCGCUUCCCGUCAUUUGCCAACCUUUUCCGAAAGCAUCCCAAGCCUUUUCCUCUGAUAUUCCUUUUCUAAUCCUGCUCCCCAUCCCCUGUUUCUGGCAAAGGGCCUGUUUGCAGAAGGGGCCGCUGGUUUCCCUGAGGCAGAGAAGACGCCUUUGGACGCCAGAGGGAGUCCCCUGAGAUGGAUGGUCGUGCAGGAGGGGGAACAAGGUGCCGCCGUACCGGGUAAGGAUUAACAAGGCAGGCUUGAACUUGGCCUGAUCCGUUGCUAUGCAAUAAGAGGAGGAGUUUGGAUUUUAUAUCCCACUUUAUCACAACCCGAAGGAGUCGCAAAGCAGCUCACAUUCUCCUUUCCCUUCCUCCCCCACAACAAACACUCUGUGAGGUGAGUGGGGCUGAGAGACUUCAGAGAAGUGUGACUGGCCCAAGGUCACCCAGCAGCUGCAUGUGGAAGAGCGGAGACGCGAACCCGGUUCACCAGAUUACGAGUCCACCGCUCUUAACCACCACACCACACAGUGGAUGCAAUAAAGACAGGGCAGCCCAACCUCUCAGACCAUGUGGGCUGCAAGAAUACUUUGACAUGACACAGGGAGUGAAGACAAAAUUUGAUGCCGCCUCUCCAGGUGGCCCUGUGGGUUAAACCACAGAGCCUAGGGCUUGCCAAUCAGAAGGUCGGCGGUUCGAAUCCCCGUGACGGGGUGAGCUCCCAUUGCUCGGUCCCUGCUCCUGCCCACCUAGCAGUUCGAAAGCAUGUCAAAGUGCAAGUAGAUAAAUAGGUACCACUCCGGCGGGAAGGUAAACAGCGUUUCCGUGCGCUGCUCUGGUUCGCCAGAAGCGGCUUAGUCAUGCUGGCCACAUGACCCGGAAGCUGUCUGCAAACGCCGGCUCCCUCGGCCAGUAAAGCGAGAUGAGCGCCGCAACACCAGAGCCGUCCGCGACUGGACCUAAUGGUCAGGGGUCCCUUGACCUUUUACCUCCAGCCCUAGGACCUCCCUCCCAAAGCUCAGCAACUCACUUACCCAGCUUUGGGAAGACAGUGGAGAGCUGGCGAAUGUCAAAUGCUGCUGAGGGCCGCCAAAAAAGGCCUCAAGGGCCACAUGAGGCCUUUGGGCCGUGCGUUGGACCACCCUGCUUUAAAGGGUUUCGGGGCAGGGGAGGCACUUUCCUCCAGUACUCUUCCACAGUGCUACAUGGUCCUGCUCUAUUCUGCCUUGGUCAGACCACACCAGGAAUUCUGUGUCCAGUUCUGGGCACCACAAUUUAAAAAGGAUGUUGACAAGCUGGAAGAUGUGCAGAGGAAGGUGACCAAGAUAAUAAUAAUAAAAUAAUAAUAAUUAAUUAUACCCCGCCCAUAUGGCUGGGUUUCCCCAGCCACUCUGGGCGGCUUCCAACAGAACACUAAAAUACAAUAACCUAUUAAACAUUAAAACAUUAAAAGCUUCCCUUCACGGGGGUGGGUGGGAGACCUUUUGCCGCUGAACCCAAAGAGCGACUGGAAGCUGGAACCCCCGUGGAUCGAAGACAAGAGGCGCCCACUGAAAAAAUAAUAAUAAUAACAAUGAUAAUAAUUUAUUAUUUAUACCCCACCCACCUGGCUGGGUUUCCACAGCCACUCUGGGCGGCUUCCAACAGAAUAUUAAAAGACAGUGGUCUGUUAAACAUUGAAAGCUUCCCUAAACAGGGCUGCCUUCAGAUGUCUUCUAAAAGUCUGGUAGUUGUUUUUCUCUUUGACAUCUGGUGGGACGGCGUUCCACAGGGCGGGCGCCACUACUGAGAAAGCCCUCUGCCUGCUUCCCUGUAACUUGGCUUCUCGCAGCAAGGGAACCCCAGAAGGCCCUCGGCGCUGGACCUCAGCAUCCGGGCAGAACGAUGGAGGUGGAGACGCUCCUUCAGGUAUACUGGACCAAGAUGAUCAAGGGUCUGGAAACCAAGUCUUAGGAGGAAUGGUUGAAGGAGCUGGGUAUGUCUAGCCUGGAAAAGAGGAGACCAAGAACAGAUAUGAUAGCCAUCUUCCAAUAUCUGAAGGGUUGUCACGUGGAGGAGGGAGCAUGUCUCCUGCUCUGGAGGGUAGGACUCGAACCCAUGGCUUCAAGUUACUGACAAAACUUCCUGACAGUGAGUUGGCAGUGGAACGGACUCCCACGAGGGUGGUGAACUCUCCUUCCUUAGAGGUUUUUAAGUGGAGGCCAUCUGUCAUGGAUGCUUUAGCUAAGUUUAUUCCUGCAUUGCAGGGGGUUGGACUAGAUGACCCUUGGGUCCCUUCCAACUGGACCCACGUACCUACGGGACCGCCUCUCCUGGUAUUCCCCGUGGAGGAUCUUAAGGUCCACAAAUGAGAACACCUUGGAGGUCCCAAGUUGCAAGGUGGUUAGAUUGGUCGCAACUAGGGCCAGGGCCUUUUCAGUACUGGCCCCAACUUGGUGCAACGCUCUGUCACAAGAGACUAGGGCCCUGCGGGACUUGACAUCUUUCUGCAGGGCCUGCAAGACAGAGUUGUUCCGCCUGGCCUUUGGUUUGGACUCAGUCUGAUCCUUAUGUUUCCCUCCCCUUCUGGUUUUGAUCUAUGGGCUACUAUUAAAAUGAAGCUGCAUUUUAAAUUGUAUUUUUAACUUGUAUUUUAAAUUGGCCUCUCUCCCCCAUUAUGUUUUUAUCGAAAUUUUGCUGUUAUUAGCUGCCCUGAGCCUGGCUCUGGCAGGGGAGGGGAGGGUAUAAAUAAAUUAUUAUUAUUAUUAUUAUUAUUAUUAUUAUUCCACAUGGAGGAAAACGCUUGAUUUGUCAGUAAUGGCUUACAAGGAGUGGAGAUGAAUAAAAAAAAGUGGGGUCCAAAACAUUCAGAGUGUAUAAAAUGAGUGAGACAAUCUGUAAACUUACCUCAGUGUGUAUUUUCGACAUGUGGCUCUUGGCCUCUGAGGCAAACGCCUGCUGAUGUCUCUUUCUCCCUCCUUGUCUCUCCCAGGUGAUGGAAUGAUGCUGGAAGGACCAUCUCAGCUGCAUCUUCCUUCUGGCAGAGGGGAAGCAGUUGCCAUGGCAACAGAUCAGGUAGGGGAAAAGAAGGGCUGGGGGGGGCAGUCCCUCUGCCCGCUGCCACCUCCCUGGGCCUGACAGAAUCUCUCUCCUUCCCUUUUAUUCUUCAUUUGACGAAGGCUGUGGGUGCCCAUCAGUAAGGUUUAAAUCCUUAUUUCAUUUUUAGAAAUAAAGUGAUACGGGGGGGGAGGGGAGAAAGUUAAGGGGCGAAAAGAACCACGAUGUGUUUAAGAAAGAGAAACAAAAUGAGUUAAAAAAAACAAAGCCAAAUGUCAUAUACUCCCAUACAUUCUUAUAUAAAUUGAUGCUGUGUUAUUAUCCUCGCUUUUCUUGGUUUUUUAAAAUAUUUUUUUUUUUAGUUUUACAUAAAGUUGUACACAAUAAACAUAGCCAAUCCGGGGAAAAAAUAAAAAGAGGUUCUUUCGAACCUUCAGACCCCAAUCCCUCCCUCCAGGGGUUCCAUUUCUUAAAAAUAAAAAUAAAAGAAUUCCUGCAUCAUUUAUCGUUAUCUAUCUGUGAUAUAAUCAUAGUAACCAAAGUUCAUGUUACUUUACAAGUGUCAUUGCAUUCCUGCCAAAGAUUUCAACUGCCUACAGUGGUCUUUCGAAUAUAUUAAAAAGGUUAUUCCAGUCUUUUGAAAAUACUUGGUCUUCCUGGCUGCUGAUCUUUCCCGUCACGUCUUGCCAUUUCUGCAUAUUCUGUCAGCUUGGCCUGCCAGUCUUCUCCUCCUUUCCAUCUCUGGGCCAGAAGCAUAAUAAUAAUAAUAAUAAUAAUAAUUUUAUUAAUUUAAUUAUUUAUACAUACAUACAUACAUAGCAAGGUUAUGCUUAAAAUUCUACAAGGCAGGCUUAAGCAGUAUGUGGACCGAGAACUCCCAGAAGUGCAAGCUGGAUUUAGAAGAGGCAGAGGAACCAGGGACCAAAUUGCAAACGUGCGUUGGAUUAUGGAGAAAGCUAGAGACUUCCAGAAAGACAUCUACUUCUGCUUCAUUGACUAUGCAAAAGCCUUUGACUGUGUCGACCACAGCAAACUAUGGCAAGUUCUUAAAGAAAUGGGAGUGCCUGAUCACCUCAUCUGUCUCCUGAGAAAUCUCUAUGUGGGACAAGACGCUACAGUUAGAACUGGAUAUGGAACAACUGAUUGGUUCAAAAUUGGGAAAGGAGUACGACAAGGCUGUAUGUUGUCUCCCUGCUUAUUCAACUUACAUGCAGAAUUCAUCAUGCGAAAGGCUGGGCUGGAUGAAUCCCAAGCUGGAAUUAAGAUCGCCGGAAGAAAUAUCAACAACCUCAGAUAUGCAGAUGACACAACCUUGAUGGCAGAAAGUGAGGAGGAAUUAAAGAACCUUUUAUUGAGGGUGAAAGAGGAGAGCGCAAAAUAUGGUCUGAAGCUCAACAUCAAAAAAACGAAGAUCAUGGCCACUGGUCCCAUCACCUCCUGGCAAAUAGAAGGGGAAGAAAUGGAGGCAGUGAGAGAUUUUACUUUCUUGGGCUCCAUGAUCACUGCAGAUGGUGACAGCAGUCACGAAAUUAAAAGACGCCUGCUCCUUGGGAGAAAGGCAAUGGCAAACCUAGACAGCAUCUUAAAAAGCAGAGACAUCACCUUACCAACAAAGGUCCGUAUAGUUAAAGCCAUGGUCUUCCCAGUAGUGAUGUAUGGAAGUGAGAACUGGACCAUAAAGAAGGCUGAUCGCCGAAGAAUUCAUGCUUUUGAGUUAUGGUGCUGGAGGAGACUCUUGAGAGUCCCAUGGACUGCAAGAAGAUCAAACCUAUCCAUUCUUAAGGAAAUCAGCCCUGAGUGCUCACUGGAAGGACAGAUCCUGAAGCUGAGGCUCCAAGACUUUGGCCACCUCAUGAGAAGAGAAGACUCCCUGGAAAAGACCCUGAUGUUGGGAAAGAUGGAGGGCACAAGAAGAAGGGAACGACAGAGGACGAGGUGGUUGGACAGUGUUCUCGAAGCUACAAACAUGAGUCUGACCAAACUGCGGGAGGCAGUGGAAGACAGGAGUGCCUGGCGUGCUCUGGUCCAUGGAGUCACGAAGAGUCGGACACGACUAAACGACUAAACAACAACAACAACAACUACAUACAUACCCCGCCCAUCUGGCUGGGUUUCCCCAGCCACUCUGGGUGGCUUCCAACAGAAUAUUAAAAUACAAUAGUUUAUUAAAUAUUAAAAGCUUUCCUAAACAGGGCUGCCUUCAGAUGUCUUCUAAAAGUCUGGUAGUUGUUUUUCUCUUUGACAUCUGGUGGGAGGGCAGUUCCACAGGUUGGGUGCCACCACCGAGAAGGCCCUCUGCCUGGUUCCCUGUAACUUGGCUUCUCGCAGCGAGGGAACCGCCAGAAGGCCCUUGGCAUAGGACCUCAGUGUCAGGGCAGAAUGAUGCGGGUGGAGACGCUCCUUCAGGUAUACAGGACCGAGGCUGUUUAGGGCUUUAAAGGUCAGCACCAACACUUUGAAUUGUACUCGGAAACGUACUGGGAGCCAAUGUAGGUCUUUCAAGACCGGUGUUAUGUGGUCUUGCCGUCCGCUCCCAGUCACCAGUCUAGCUGCCGCAUUCUGGAUUAGUUGUAGUUUCAGGGUCACCUUCAAAGGUAGCCCCACAUAGAGCGAUUGCAGUAGUCCAAGCGGGAGAUAACUAGAGCAUGCACCACUCUGGCGAGACAGUCUGCGUGCAUACAUUGAUGUUAAUAGCCUGCUACUUCCUGUAUGAACUCAUAUUCCAAAUGUUGUCAGAUUUUACCCUGGUUUAAAAUCCUGGACAAUAGGACCCGACCAUCUUUCCCUUGUCUAGCCUUCUGGAUUUUGCUGGUAGAUCAUGUUUAUGUUCCCUUUAAAGAGGAACAUGUAAAUCUUUCUCUUUUAGGGUCCCGUGUCGUUCCAGGAUGUGGCUGUGCAUUUCACUGAGGAGGAAUGGGCUCUGCUGGAUCCUGACCAGAGAGGGCUACACAAGGAAGUCAUGGAGGAAAACUGUAAGGUCGUCGUCUCCCUUGGUGAGGCUCUGUGUUUCUCUCGUGUUUCUGAGGUGAUCCUGAAGCCAUCCAGGAUUUGGCUUGGCUUUUAUUAUCUGUUUUGUGUUCUUAUUUUGUAUUUUAAUAUCAUAGCUGUCAACGUUUCCCUUUUGUUAAGGGAAAUUCCAUUAUUCUGAAUAGGAUUCCUUGCAGGAAAAGGGAAAAGUUGACAGCUAUGUUUAAUAUUAUGGAACUCCUGAAGAGCUUUGGGUAAAGGGCGCUAUUCAAAUUUUAAUAAGCAAGUACAAUCGUACCUUGGUUUUCAAACAGAAUGCAUUCCGGAAGUCCGUUCGACUUCCGAAACGUUUGGAAACCAAGGCACGGCUUCCGAUUGGCAGCAGGGGCGUCCUGCAGCCAAUCGGAAGCCGCAGAAGUUGCGCCAGGUGUUCGGCUUCUGAGGCGUUCAGCUUCUGAGUUCAAAGUUGUUCGUGAACUAAGCUGUUUGAAAACCAAGGUACGACUGUAAAUAAAUAAAAAUUCAGAUGUUUCUGGAUUUCACCUCCUGCCAUCCCAGACUAUUGAUCCUUUUAACGUUUUUAUGGUUUUAUUGUUAUGGCUUUGUUUUCAUUUCUGCAAACUGCUUUGAUAUAUCAUUUGUAAUGAUACAGUGGUACCUCGGGUUACAGAGCUUCAGGCUACAGACGCUUCAGGUUACAGACUCCGCUAACCCAGAAAUAGUACCUCUGGUUAAGAACUUUGCUUCAGGAUGAAGUGGCAGCGGGAGGCCCCAUUAGCUAAAGUAGUACCUCAGAUUAAGAACAGUUUCAGGUUAAGAACGGAUCUGCAGAAUGAAUUAAGUUCUUAAUCCGAGGUACCACUGUACUGCACUAUAUAAAUAUAGAUACAUAAAUCAAUAUAAAAUCUGUUUUAAAGUCCUUAAAGGACUUAAAGGUAAUGUCCAAAACGUUACUUAUUUAUUUAUUUAUUCUAAAAAGUGUAAAACAACAACAACAACCCAUAAAAAUCAGCAUAAACUAACAGAUUUGACAUUUCUUGUGCUUUAGAAUCUCAUGCCCCAUCCUGCCCCACUGCUGGCAUGUAUAAAUGCUAAAAUUCAAACUUUAUACAUUAGUUUUUCUAUAGUUCUGUAAUUCCACUUUUCCAUAUAAAUGAAAAGCCUAAUUGAAUUAUUUUUUAAAAAUAUUGCAAAAUGGGGAUUUUGUUAGAUAGGAUUAUAUAUAUAUAUACAUAUAUAUAAACCCAUAGUUGCAAAACAACAUCAGAAAUGACAUUCAGUUUUGUAAAUUGCCGUCCUAUCUUGCCUCAGAUGUUUCAAGCACUGCAAUAUAUACUAUGUGAUUUGGGGCUCCAUUUCUAUCUCAGUCUCUUUCCUGUUUCCAUUGCAGCAGGUGGAAAGGGUUUUCAGCGCGGUUCCAGCCCCACCACGCCUCAAAGGACGCCUACAAAUGACAAACCAUAUCAGUGCCAGGAAUGUGGAAAGAGCUUCGCUCACAAGUGGGUUCUCACUAAUCAUCAAAGAAUUCACACAGGGGAGAAACCAUACAAAUGCUUGGAGUGUGGAAAGUGCUUCACUCGGAAGGUGAACCUCAUCCCUCAUCAGAGAAUCCACACAGGGGAGAAACCAUACCAGUGCUUGGAAUGUGGAAAGACCUUCAGGCAGAAGAGAUAUCUCACUUCACAUCAAACCAUUCACACAGGACAGAAAUUAUUUCAGUGCUUGGAGUGCGGAAAGAGCUUCAGGCACAAUAUAACUCUAACGAAUCAUCAAAAAUUUCACAAGGGAGAGACGCCGUAUCAAUGCUUAGAGUGCGGAAAGAGCUUCAUCAGUAUUUCCCACCUUACGUCCCACCAAACACUUCACACAGGGGAGAAACCGUAUCAGUGCCCUGAGUGCGAGAAACGCUUCACUCAGAAGAGUCACCUGACCUCUCACCAAACAAUUCACACAGGGGAGACGCCAUAUAAAUGUUCGGAGUGUGGGAAGUCCUUCCGUCUCAGCAGAUACCUCACUUCUCAUCAGAGAAUCCACACAGGGGAGAAACCGUAUCGGUGCUCAGAGUGUGGAAAGAGCUUUGGUGAAAAGAAAACAUUAGCUUCUCAUCAAAAGAAUUCACACCCCGGGGAAACCAUGUAAUUGAUCAGAGAGUGGAAAAUACUUCUGUCCGAACAGUAAUCUCAUCAUUUGUAGACUGUCACCAUUGGAGAUACAAUAAAAAGUUGUUUACAAAAACAACAACCCAAAAACCAAUGAUCUCAUCAAAUAAUUCACCAAGCAGAAUCCAUAUCAAGAUCACCUCAGCAUUACUGCACACCUUCAACGUCAUCGAAGAAUCUACGCAGGAAGAGACUAAUCCUUUAUUCAGAAGAUGCACCUCACUCUUCCGCACUCAGGAAAAACUGUAGAACGAGAUUCUAUCACUCACUGUAGAAAUGAAUGCCAAGCAAGGAGUCCUAUUAAUGUGCUGACAACAAAGAAACCCGUUUUUAAAAAAUUGAUUUCCACUUGCUUUAGUAACAUAGAGAGAAAUUAUGGUCUAUAGGUAAUUGAUUGGUGGUCCAAAAUGUGGUAUAAAUCAUGACAGGGGAUAGCUCCUGCUAGGCUUCCACUCGUCCCUGCACAAUGUCCCGCCAAAGUCUUUUUGGGAAUUUAAGGUCACCUUCCGAGGUGGGAUACGAGUAACUCCUAAGCAGAAAUGCUGUUUGCUCAGGUGAGUUUGUCUAGAGUGGAGGGAAAGGAGGGAAAGUGAAGAAACAGGCAGAGGAAGGAAAGGGUGUGUGGAUUUGCUGAGUGUGUGAGAGAGAUCUUAAACACACACAAAACACAUGCUCAUUCAUUCUCUCUCUCUCUCUCUCUCUCUCUCACACACACACACACACACACUAUCAUGCGUGGAGAGUCCGCCUCCUGCUCCAGUAACUUCGCAGAUAAUAAUUAACAAGCAGUUUAUAUUUUAUAGUUCUUUUAUUCAGGCAUCAGCUUGCAAGCAACAAUCCACAUCCCUCCCCAAGUAGAGCAGUUGGCUUCUCUAAAUCCUCCUGCUUCCGUCUUCCGCAGCAGCCGAGGUGCAACGGGAAAUUCCUCCUCUUUUCUGCGUCCCCAGAGUUGUCCGUGACUGGACCUAAUGGUCAGGGGUACCUUUACCUUUAUAAGACCGACAACCGACCUCAGCAGAGCCAGCAGGGGGAUUUUAAUUUUUUUUGCUUGAGGCAGAAUAGGAAAUGGGGGCCCGCUCCCUAAGUCAAAGUGUGGAAUAUCCAAAGCUAGGGAAGUUAUUCUAGCCCCUCAGGCACAAGAUCCCACAAGUGUCUCUUCCCCCUCCAUGCCAGUAAAAUAAAACUACAUGACCAUACAUUUGCUGCCUUGUCAAUCAUGCCCCAAAUCAUCAGUCUCCGCCCAACCGUCCAAUGGUAGGGCUGGUCCUGCCCAUCAGGUUCUCCCCCCAAUUUACCAUUCCAUCAGGCUAGACUGGAGAGAAGAGGCUUCUCAUUGGCUCAGCUUUUGGCACUGGUCAUUUCAAGGAGACUGCAAUUAUACUUGAAUGUGCUUUUCUCCUCCUCCCUCCUGAUCCUUUUUCUUUUUGUGUUGUGUCUUUUAGAUUGUUAGCCUGAGUUGAAGGACUGUUUGAGAGCAGGGUAAAAAAAAUGCUUUAGAUAAGCAAGUAAAAAAUAAAAUAAACGGUGUACAUUAUGCCUGUGUAUAUUAGCAAUUGGUUUUCUCGAAACCUGUUUGAUCUCUUAACCCAUUU